AUGGUAGGGCAGUCACGAACGGUCGAUAUACCCGCGGAUGUCAAGGAUGCCCUCAAGAAGUUCCGGUUCGCCAACAACAAGGGGACCGCGGCUAUCUCAGUGAAGAUCGUCAAGGCUGAGCUGGCGAUGAAGGUCGAUGAGGAUUUCAAGGACCAGACCAUUGAUGAGAUUGCCGAAGAGCUGCCCGAGAACUCGCCUCGAUAUGUGCUCAUCUCGCAUGAAUUAAAACACAAGGAUGGACGGAUAUCAUAUCCUCUGAUCUUGAUCAACUGGGCGCCGAGUGGAUCACCUACCGAUCUGAUGACAUUACACGCUUCGAGUUUGUCCUAUUUCCAGCAGACUGCUGAAGUGGCCAAGGUCCUGGAAGUGAGAGAAGGAGCGGAAGGCCUUACCGAGAAAGCAGUAGAAGAUCGCUUGCUCGCAUAA